AUGGCGGAUGCAUCGGCAGGUGGCGAGCAAGCUGCCCAACCUCCUGUGGUGGCCUCUGCACCGGCAGCCAAGCCAGUCGAAGAGUACAUGAAAGAUGGAAAAGUUGUAAUUAUGUUCAAAGCCGUUGGUGGCGCCUCCGCGUUGAAGGUGAACAAGUUCAAGCUGCAAGCCAAGGCCUCGUUCCAGUUCAUCGUGGACUUCCUUCGCAAGCAGCUGCGAUGCAAGCCUACCGACCCUCUGUUUUUGUUUGUCAACGGAGCCUUCCAGCCCAACCCGGAGGAAGUCAUCGCCGACCUCUUCAAGUGUUUCCACAACAGCGGCCAGCUGGUGAUCAACUAUUGCACAACUGCCGCGUGGGGCUAA